GGGCACGGAGCGGAGCCGCGGCUGGAUGCGCUGAGCGCGGUGGGGACGACCGGGCCCCCGUAGCAGCGGCAGCAGCAGCGGCAGCAGCAUGGGUCGCCGGGGCUGCUGAGCGACAGCCGAGCCUGUCCCUGCCCGUCCCCGCCGAGGAGCCGCCAGGGAAUCGGGACGCACCGCCUCGCCGGUGCGGGGGACACCCUCCGGGUCCCCAGCCCCAUCACGCCGAGGAUGCCCCGGGGGCCUGCGGGCCGCCCCCGCCGCUCGCCAUGAGGAGGAAUCCGGCCGGGCCGCGGGCGCUGCCGCCGCUGCCCGCCGCCGCCUGAGCCCCGUGCCCCGGCCGUGCCCGCGCAGGGGCCGCCCGAGCGCCCCGGCGCCGUGACCCUCCUCCCGCCCCCUCGCCCGGCGCGCCCGGCUAUAAAGGAGGGUUUUAUUCUCGGGCUCCGGUCUCACGCCAAACCCUGUCACAUCGUCUAGACGAGCUGUCGUGGGGCUCGGCCCAGCUGUCACCAUGGCGAUGGAGACGAGUCCGCUGUGAAUUUUGGGGGGGGAGCGAGCGAGCGAGAGCGGCGGCAGAGGAGGAGGAGGAAGGCUCGGUCGCCGCCGUGCCCUGCCCUCCCCCGCGGGGGAGGCUCGGACCCCCCGGCGCUGCCGACCGCGGCUGGAGCCGGCCCGGCGGGGAGCCCCGGGAGCCAGCGGCCGCGGGCGCGGGGCGAGUCUCAGAUGCGGCUGUCACACAACCCUGGCCGGGCUAUUUAAAGUAACGGGCCCCGCCGGACACUGGUGUCUCUGCCUAUUUAUGAGCCCCCGGGAGCCGGCGGGCGCCGCCGGGCAGCGCUAGGAGCCGAGGCCGCCGGGAGCAGCGCCGGGGCCCGCCCGGAGCAUGACGGCGAUCCGGGCGCUGCUGCUCUGCCUCUGCCUGGGGCUGCCGGCGGGCGGGCAGCCCUUCCUGCGCCUGCGACCCUCGCCCAGCGACAACCUGCCCGUCAAGGACAUCGUGGAGCACCCGGACCCCGAGUACGACCCCAAGGAACAGGACCUGGACGAGAGGACGCUGAGGAAGAAGCUGGGCAGCCAUUUCGACCCCGGCUUUAUGGCCGUGGCCGUGCCGGGGCCAGCCAACGCCUCGGGCGCCGCGGCGGCGGCGGGGCGGGGGCGGGCGGCGCUGCCGGCCGAGCUGCGGCGGCUGGAGCUGGGGCCGCCCCGGGGUCCGCGCCUGCGGCUGGGCAAGAAGGCGCGGCGGAAGGUGCUGCAGUGGCUGUGGGCGCACACCCACUGCCCCGUCUUCUACGCGUGGAAGGACCUGGGGGUGCGCUUCUGGCCGCGCUACAUCAAGGAGGGCAACUGCCUGGCCGAGAAGUCCUGCUCGCUGCCCGAGGGCAUGUUCUGCAAGCCCGUCAAGUCGGUCACCAAGACCUUCCUGCGCUGGCAUUGCCAGGGCUGGUCCAGUCAGAAGUACUGCACCUGGAUCCCCGUGCAGUACCCGCUCAUCUCCGAGUGCAAGUGCUCCUGCUAAGCCUCCCCGGCCCCUUGCACUGCCGCCCUCCUCC